AUGUUUCUUUCUUUCUUGAUUUCUUUCUUUUUUCUUUUUCCUUUUUUCUUUCUUUCUUUCUUUUUUUUAUUUUUAAAUUUCCUCUUGUUUUUUCAUUUUGUCUCUUUUUCUUUUUUCCUUUUCCAUUUCUCCUCUCCCUUUAUCUCCUUUCUUUCCUUUGCUGUUUUCUUUUCUUUCUUGAUUUCUUUCUUUCUUUUUCCUUCCUGUCUUUCUUUCUUUUUCUUUCUUUUAUCUUUUAAAUUUUCUUGGUUUUCUUUCUUUCUUCCCUUUUCAUUCUUUUCUUUCUUUCUUCUUUCUUUCUUUCUCCUCUCGUCUUUUGAUCCUUUUUCUUUCAUUUUGAUUUCUUUCUUUCUUUUCUUUCCUUCCUGUCUUUCUUUCUUUCUUUCUUUCUAUCUUUUUUUAAAUUUUUGUUUCUUUUCAUUUUUUUCUCCUUCAUUUUCUCUUCUUUUUCUUUUCUUUUUUUGA